UUACUUAUUACUGGAGGUUUAUGUAAGCAGGUAGGUGGUUCGUACACGUGCAUAAAAAUUGCAGUUAUACCGCUGUUCUACCUAACUCUGUAUGUGCAUGUUUGUGUAAUUCAGUGUGUAGGUCUGUUGGUCUGUGUGUUGCUUUUCUGUCUUUCUGAAUGGAUGUGAAUAUAUACACUUUCUUUCUUAUAUUAGCCUCUUGUAAUAUUUGUUCUAAGAUCAUUGGAACCAGGCAGAAGGACUUAGCCCUUUAGAAGUCUUACAUAAUUAGAACAUCUUUUGACAGGCAUGCCACAUCCUUACUAUUCCUGAACUUGUGUCAGUGUAGAUGUCGCUUUUGCGAUGUGGAUGUAGGUAUGCGAUGUAGGUGUGUAAAACAACUCGUCGCCGCAACUGAUUCAUUUCCCGUCUGACACUUGCCGUGGUCAACAUCGGCUGAUCGACUAGUACCAACUGUUGUCACAUAUUAUAUAUCUAUAUUGUUGUAUGUUCUGUCUUCUUGUAUUUAUUGUUAUGUUUGGUCGUUGACGUAUUUAACCCCAAUUUUUGGCAUACUUGUUUUGUUUUCCGUUCCGUCGCUAAAGGUCGCCGACCGUCACGUGACACCCAUUCUUAGCUGAAGAGCCUGGUGGAAAAAAGGAAAAUGGUCACCGUUCGAAAGAAAAAAAUACCAGGAAUUAUCUUAUGAAGGAUGACACUCUUCAAACACAUUUUUCCUCAGUUGGUCUUUGUUGUGAUAUUUGUUUUUAACUUAACAGAUUUCUUACCAAGAAAUCAAAUCACCUGUGAUAUUCGUUCACAAACUUUUGACCUGACUGUGGUCUGCUUCUUCCCUGAAGAUAUCAGUGUCUCUAGAAGAGACUACACUGUGUAUCUGUACCAAAAACCGAAAGAUCCAAUUGUUGUUGUCAGCUGCAUGUGGCCUCAGGGGCAGGAACAUGUCCAGUGUUCCGUUGGACCGGGGUACAAGUACGACGAGCUGAUAUACCCUGAUCACAUCUCUAUACAGAUUAUCAAUGCCUCCCACAGUCACUUGGGGAAAUAUGAAUGUCAGUUGUCUGGUUACAAUGAUCUCGGAAAAUGCGAGCUUUCAUUAUGGCAAAUUGUUCCGAGAGGGAGCCAGGAAAUAAAUACUGAUUCAACUUCAGAAACCAUUUCACCAUCUGUGUCAACUCCACAAGUUGGUGAUGGUGACGAGAAUGACGAGAAUGACGAGAAUAAGAAACAACACACGCGAGUCCAGAGGCCAACAACUACCGACCCUGCAGGUGUGAUUGACAGUAAAGCACCUCCUGGAGGAUCGUUUGGAGCUGGAGUUGUCUGUGGCAUAGGAUUUACUACAGCUGUCUUCAUCCUGGGAAUUAUCUUGUGGAGAAAGCGUGACCAUUUCAGAUGCCUAAAUGUAGGAAAAAAUACCGACACAAAGUAUUCCAGAACUCCACAGCAAGAAGAAAGCAGUGAGACCGCUGAUGGCCCUGCGGAUAUUGAAGAGGAGGCAGACAUGGCUAUUCAUCUGGUAGUCCAGGAGCGCGACUUCACCGAUGGGUCAGAUGAGACUGAAAGAAAAAGUCUUUUAAAUUCUCCUGAAGCAAAAGAGACGAGCUCAUCAUGUCAGACAACAAGUAGUUCGUGUCUUGUUCAACCACCAGACAGUGGCAGGUCUAAGGAGCAGAACAAACCUCGAGACAAGGACAACAUGAAGACAUCUGGUCUGCAGCAAGAAGAACCCAUCUCUUCUCCUCUUGCCAAGUCUCUAGGCCAGAACACCCUGAGCUACGAAAGCAAGCCUGCCGUGGACGAUACUGAAGAAAAGGUGGGUUCAACCAACGGCGACACUCAAGAUCCUCCUCAACCAAGCGAUGACAGUACACGUGGCUGCGGAUCAACCACGACCUUUGUCUGCUCAGGACAUGACAAAGCUGAUAGCCAGCAACAGGGUAACCAUUUCACGUAUGUUAACAGGUCGGAGCUACACAUAUCUUUUACUGUCAAAGUUGAACAGCAUGGCGAAGGUUUCAAAGCAGACCUGGACAAAUCAGCAAUCUGCAAUAUCAUGAAAUGCAAAUCCCAAGGACAAGGCGAGUCUAAUCAGGAUAAUGGUCACAUUACUGUAGACAUUGGGGAACAAGAGGUGAUUCCAAGCUUAGCCUUUCAAGGCCUCAGCAUCGGGAACCUUACCUCUGUCCUGACAUCUCAAGAUCAUUAUGUUCAAGAAACUUCUGAGAAAAACAGUAUGGGUUUGCAAAUAAUCCCUCCGGAGUCGGAGCCUAGGCACUGUUUUGGAAGGAACAGUCAAGAAGAAGCUACUUUACCAGGAAGGGGUGGAAACCAUGGAAACCAAACCAGCAAAAAUUCAAAUUCAUUGCUAAAUACAGAAGAUUUUGACAUCAGACAAGCCAAAAAGCCAGAAAACUCUACGACAUCACAACAAAAUGAUGAAAGACUGUUAACUGCACAAAUUUGUGCUGGUGUAUCCAGCAGUUUGGACACAGAGAACAAAUUUUCCAGCCUUAAUAAUGGCGAAGCUGAGACAACUCCAAUCAGAAAGAGCAAGGAAAAGUUAAAAGAUGUCCAAGAAGGAGAAAGUUCACCUGGUGCACAGGUCACCUCACCUACAGAAAGCAACAUCAACAUUAGGAGUCAUGUUCACAGCCAGCCACUAGAGUGACUAGACUGAUGUUUGUACAUUAUCUGAUGUGGGUUGUGACAGGUUUGGCUGGGCUUUGACUGGCUAUUGCAGCUCAGCAUCCUUUGUAAUCCAGCCUCAUGCUUUAGUGUAGACAAGCUUUAAAUGCACGUGUUGAUAAAUAAAUACAUUGUGCUAAACUUUUUAUUUUAAAGUACCAGUAGUAUUAUGUAAUAGCAGUAGCAUUUAAUUUUGUUCUAUGUUAUUCUUUUUCUCUAUUCUUUUUCGUUAUUAGUCAUCAGUAUUGCUUUUUAUCCUUCUGUCUUUUGUCGUUAUCCAUGUCUUACUCUUGUCUCUAGCGCUGAGCACGCUGCUUACGAAUGGUAUAUAUAUUGCUGUAUAGAUUACUCAUUAUUAUUAUAAUUAUUAUUAUUAUUAGAGUCUGCUUUCUAUAGUCUAAUCUCAUAUUAAUCUUUGUAUCAUUUUUACUCAUUACUCAUAAAGUGAGUAAAGCUAAUUUACAUAGCACUUUACCUUACAAAUGAUGUCAUUGUGUUUGCAGCUAGUGUGACUGUUUACUUUGAGAAAGGUGCAAUCAUCUUAGCUCAGUACCACCUUUAUUCCUUUCUACCUUUCUCUUCUUUGACAGUUUUUAACUUGCAUCUGUGAUUUGUAGUUGUGUUGCUAACACUAGCAUCUAGAGUGCAGCCCUCGCUCAGCCAUGCAAGAUUGAUUGAUUGACUGAUUGAUUGAUUGAUUAAUUAAUGGAUUGACUGAUUGAUGGAUUGACUGAUUUAUUGAAUGAAUGAUUGACUGAUUGAUUGAUUUUUUUAAGGAACAGCUAGCUGUGCAGUGUACAGUAUCACUGACUGUACUGUGUGAACACUACAGCUUGUACACUGUAUACGACUGAAGCAGCUGUGAACUGUAUACCUGUACAGUUGUAAAUAUAGUUUUGCUAUUUAUAGGCAUGCUGUACAUUUCUGAAAAACAAAACAUACCUGUAGCUAGAUGUUCAUGUAAAAAUAAAG